CCGUAGUCACCUGUAUAAUAACUACUUACUCAGGAUUUCCUCCAUCUCAGAAAUUUAAACUUUGUACGAUCAGGUCAAAGGUCAUUCAUACCCUCUGACAGAUGUAGAUUUAAAAUCGUUUUUAUUCAGUCAAGAAGUUUGUUGAUUAGGGAUGCACCGAUUCUUUCUCUGGCAGAUUUAUUUCCUUCAUUUUGGGAGAUCGGUGAUAGCUCAUGCUUACAUGCAUGUGAAGCAGAUCUUCACAUCUAAUCAAUCAACAGUGUUUGAUUGGUCUAAAAAUCAGCCACCAUCCUCUUGCUCUCCUAUGAGAGAGGUUUGACUGACAGACUGGCCUAUAAGGUCAUGUCUGCACCUUUUCAGCUAGAAAUGUUGGUAACAGCGGUCACACCACCGUUUCAGGCAAAAAAACAUUUCAGACAAAAAUGAUUUUGUCUGAAAUGUUGGUAACAGUGGUGUGACCGCCGUUACCAACAUUUCAGACAAAAUCAUUUUAUUGUCCAAAAACAGAAUUGGCAGGUCAAGUUUCUUAAAGAUUGGUAAUCGGCACACGUCUACAAAUGAAGCUUAAUUUUUGUAUUUGAUGCCUUUAAUCCACUGGCAUGUUUAAACACAAUCAGGAGUUUUAUUUAAAGAGGUACAACAUUCUCAAUGUGCUUUAGAGGUGACCACAAUAAAGUCUUAUUGGACACAUGUUCCAAAUUUCCUUUUGGACAGUUAAAACAGGGGAGUGAGUCACUUAAAAUAAUGUGUGAAACUGCAUUCAUAAAGUUCUAUUAUCAUGUAAUAGAGUACAUCUUUCUUUACAUUUUAUGGUAUGCAAUAAAAAACAAAGAUUUAUUUAAAAAAAUAUAUAAAAUGUUUUUUUUAUGAUAAUUUGUUAAUUGGAAUAAUGGUUAAAUAUGAAACUUUGCCCAUGGGUCCACUCCAGCAGUCGAUGGGUGAGCAUCAGGGUCAGCAGUGGAAAGGUCACCAGUCCAUCACUGGGCAAUAAAGAAAGAUACAGCGCAGGCAACCAACCACACAGUCCUGCACUUGAUCCUUUAAUUCACACUUGGUUUGAGAUAAAGCUGUAGGUUGCCACCUUUUCUGAUUUAAAAAUGACCAUUAAUCAUUUUUGCCCUGAAACAGUGACAUAUCAACAACACAGUUUCUGUGAUAUGCAGAGCUAUGAAAGCCUUGUCUAUCCAGUCCACUCUCAGAGAGCACAAAAUAACCUCAAACCUUGUUAAAUUAUUCUGCUGUAAGAUUUUAAAGCUUCUUCCUCUCAUGUUUGAUAUGUAGUCCCCUUUAGAAAUUCACAGAUUAUGUUAUCAUUCAAAGAUUGUAAAAGUCGCCCAGCAGAGGACAUCCGCAGCUUCACAGCUACACAUAAAUAUAGCCAUACGGUGCAUUUAGAGAACAUGCAGACUUUUCGCUGUUCACAAUGUGCUCAGAGUUUUGGUUAACCACAGGCUGACUCGAGAAAAGGGCAGGGUAUGAGAAGCUGCUGUGAGUUUUCUAAUGGAACCCAAAGUUGCUUUAGUUGUCAUGUGAAACGGGACAGAAGGGAAAAAGUUUCUUCUCAGCAGCAAGGGUCGUCGAUACAAUGUUGAAAUGUGGAAAAUUUGGCACAUUAAUGCAGGAAAUCUCUUGGGGUUGUGUUACGGAGACGAAAGUGAACUUCCUAUUUUAGCCCCGCUGGUAUUUUGAGCUCUUAAGUAACACGUUUUCUGCAAGAAGGAAAGAGGAGUUCAAGAGAGAAAAAACUGAAAAAUGUGCAGAAAUUUCUGAGGAAAGGAAGAAAGACAUGGCAGUGCAUGCUCCUGUCAACGGGACGACAGCAAUCCCGUGGAGAAGCAGCCGGCGGAGACUCUCGCUGCUGGAGAAACUCAGGGGCUGUCAAGACGCCUGGUGUCCCGGGGCCUCCUGGGACAGAGACGCGGCCCACGCUGCUAUCCAUGGAGCACCAGCCGGGAGCUUCCUGAUUGUGCGGGACUCUGUGACGUCUCAGCCCUGCCUACUGUGUGUGUCUGCAGGGGAUCAGAAUGAAGACGUUCUCGAUUAUAAAAUCAACUGCAAGGGAACAGCUUUCCAGCUCUCUGAGUCUCGUCUGUCUUUCUCCGAUUUGCCUCAGCUGGUGCUCUUCUACUCUCUGACCAGGGAUGUGCUGGCUGUCUGCCUGUCCAUCCCCCGUUGGCUCUACAGACCAGCUGAGAUGAAUCAAGAUCGUCUCUCUGAGCUUGAACCUAAAAUGUGGUUGUCCACACCACCCGAACAACAAGCAGAAGAAAUGCCCAACAAGGAGCCAAGCCAUGUCAUGUGCUCUAUUCAGCUGACUUCUGCCAAUGGCGCCCUGUGCAUCAUAAAUCCCCUCUAUGUUCAUGAACAUGGAGAUGACUGGUUGACUCACCGGCCAGCAGCUUUACAGUCAUCAAAUAUCAGGCGAGAGCGACGCCUGAGCACCACCCGGACUUGGGUAGGGGCUGGGAUACAAAGCAAACGAGCCAUCUCACUGGACCAGGAAUCCAAGGCUGUCAGUACAGAGGGAUCAGGUCUGACCAGAGCCAGGUCCGCUGAUUCCCCUUUCAUCCCACAAACACCAACAGAAGUGGUCCUCAGGAGGCCCAGCAGGGAUUUAACGUGUAGCGUCCCUCAAAGAGCGAGCACGGGAAGCCUUUCCACGCCCACCACACCAGGAACACCUGAGCAGCACCGUCACAGCAGCCCCGUGCCUCAGUCUCCACACAGGGUGUCCUGGAUUGAAGAUGGAGUUUUUUUGCCUCCACCCAGGCCUUCGUCUUUGCUCCAGCCCCCAUCGCUGGAGCUUGACUCGCUGUCAAUCAGCAGCAUAGAGGAGGAGCAGGAGAGCCCACCAACAGGCCCAGCGCCCCUCCACCCUUCAGCGCAUCGCUUGGCUGGUAAGGUCAUCAACCGUCUGUCAGCUGUGGGCCAGGCGCUCGGUGGUCUGGUGUCCCAGAAGAAGAGGCUGACCAAUCGGGUGGUGGAGAUGAGUGAGAGGAAAGGAAACGCCUUUGGAGAGGCAGUUAAAGGAUUUGUAGAGAUGACCCUGAAGGGAGGUUCUGACCCCACUGGGCCUAUGGGAGCAGAGUACCUACAGGAAGUGAGGUCAUCACUUUCAUCGCUCAGGGAGAUCCUGUUGGAUUAUCCAGACAUUCAGGCCAUACUGGACAGCAUCACUGACUUAAAUGACUCUGAGAUUGAUUCUCUGGUGGAGCUCGCUCUUCACAAAGUGGCCUUGAAGCCUGUCUCCUCCCAUCUCUACUCCUGCAUUCACACCUCCAGGACCAAUGACAGCAGCUUUCAGCGUCUCCAGGGAAACUUCCUGUUGCUAGAAAAGAACGGAGUUGAAGAACUUGGUGGAUCAAAAGGAGUCGGAGUCCCUGAUUCUGUCACAUUGGAGAGAAUACAGCAGAGAUGGGCCAGUAUGCAUGAGGCCUACUCCCCAAACAAGAAGAAUCAGAUCCUUCUCAAGGUCUGCAAGAGCAUUUACCACAGCAUGAGCACUAAUGCUACUUCCAGUGCAGGUGCGGUGUUUGGAGCGGAUGAUUUCCUGCCUUGUUUGACCUGGGUCCUCCUCCGUAGCAACUUGGUCAGCUUACAGGUGGACACGGACUACAUGAUGGAGCUGCUGGACCCCACACAGCUACAGGGAGAAGGUGGCUACUAUCUUACAACUCUAUAUGCCUCUCUCUACUACAUCACUAGCUUCCAGCCACGGCUGGCUGCCCGCCAGCUCAGUGUAGAGGCCCAACACUCUAUCAACCAAUGGCAUCGCAGACGCACGCUCCACUGCAACAAGUCCCGUCGCAGCAUGCACAGACGGACAAUUCGCAGGCAGACAGCCAAGCAGAACUUAGAGACAGAAACUGAGAGCAAGAGUGAAAGUGGGAAAGAAAAUGAGUCUGAAAAUGCUGAUGUUUCAGAACGACACACAGAAACUAGCGCAAAUGCUGAGUGGCGGCCAAGUGAGAACACAGAGUGUGAACCGGAACUAAGAGACCAGCCACAGACCACGGUGCAGACAAAAUUUCAACCUGCAAAGCAGCAAGAGGUGAUGACCAGCGAACACGAAGACAAGCUGAGUGUUUGCAUAGAAACAGAGGAGGCCAAAGACGAUUCUGAUGGAGAGCUUAGAGAAGACCUGAGGUGACAUCAUGGGACAGUUUGUCAGUCUUUCCUCCUGGGUCAAACAAACCCUUCCUAAACCCACAUUAAUCACUCCUCUAAAACAGCACCAUGGUACCAUCUGCUUUUUCACAUGCAGUUGUAAAAGUCCCUGAUGUAGGUCUUAGUUGAGGGUGUUCAGUGUUGCUUUCUUUUUGGGCCCCUGCCUCUGUGCGUUUCCGCUCUGUGUAUCGACUUUAUCUUCCUGUUUAGAUGGUGGUUCUAAUUUAACCCAUGUACGUGUUUGUAUUAGACCUGAUGCACAAUGCUUCUCGCCUGUUGAAAUUGGACAUUAGGUUAAUUUCUCCUCAACUCUAAACACCGAAAAGCAGAGUCAGCGAAUUAGACAGCGAUCUUAAAUUAUAGCUUGUCAAUCAAUAUAACCUUGCAAAAUUAUUCAUACCCCGUGAACUUUUUCGCAUUUUAUGACUUUCCAACAAUGUAUACGUCAUACGUUGGGAUGGCCUGGUCACAAUUUAGAUGUAAAUUCAAAUGAGAAGCAAUGGCUAGCUGUUUCCCAGUGGGACCACUGACAGGUGACCUGAUAUGGAGUCAUCUAGUAUGUCAAUUAAGCUUCUACCAUUUUUAAUAUGCAAAUGGAAGAAAUAUCAAAUAUAUUGUUGUAUUCAGAUUAAAAUUAUACACUUGGCAUUUCUUCUCAAAUAGGCAACUGCUUCCAGCUAGAAGCAUCACUUGCUUGUUUCUUUAUCACUGUACCUCAGACAAAUUGUUACCAGUGGGGGUUUGUUAUAGGUCAGUAAUAUUUAACUGAGAUUUCUAUCUUUAAGAUUAUAUCUGUGUAGCACACACAAGCUUUUAUUUAUCAGACAGCGAUAAUGUUCAAUGGAUGUGUAGCACUGCUUGCUUUUAAAUAAAGAUCUCUUCUCCUCCCUGCUAA